AUGGGGAAAUCAUCUCUCACCAUGUUCCUGGUUCUUCACACCCACCCCCAAGGUGUCUGUGUAGCUGGGUAUGGACAGUCUGGUAGGAAUGAGAUCCUGCAGCUGCUCCCACCACCAACACUGCAGGUGAAGGAGACCCAGGGCCUGCGUCCGGAGAGAGAUUUCAAGGUGGAAUGUGGUGGAUUUUCAAACCGCCCAGUGCACAGCCUGAAACAUGUGCCUGACACCAGCUUGUUGGUGACGAGUGGCCCACCAGACAGCUCCCUCCAGGUCUGGCAGGUGUCAGCAGAGGACUCCGAUGUUAUUAAAUCUGUAAGUGCCAUAACCACAGAAAAUGGCACUGGGCAACCUUGGGCUAAAAUUGCAACCAUUUCGACCAGAGCCCCAUGGGUCCUUCACGGCUCGAGACUGGACAACGUUCAAGUUACAGAGGUUGAAUCAAGGAAAAAUGUCUAUAUGUCAGAUGUCAGAAAAACCUCCGAGUUCUUGGCCUCAGCAAAGUGCCGAGUUCCCUCUCCUCGCUCAGGUGCAGAGUUCCUGUGUGUCUCCUGGGCUCCUGCUCUGGAAGGCUGCCUGGCUGUUUCAGGUUUUGAUGGGACCGUGCACGUGUACGACACGCAGAGUUGGGACAACUCCGGCAGGGAAGUGGAGCCGAUCUUUAUCCACAAAGGCCACGUGUUCGGCGGGCCCGGCGGUGGCAGAGACCCUCCCCAGGUCACGGCGCACACGUGGCAUCCGCAGAAACAGAGAACGUUGCUGUCGGCAGCGAGCGACGGUUCCCUGCACGUUUGGGACUGGGUUCAGUCUUGUGGGAAGUGUGGGUAG